UUGUAACUACCGCGAAUGCCUACACAACUGGUCCAAAAAUACGGCUUCAGAAAAAGAAAAAAGAAAAAAACCCAGCGAGCAGCAACUCUACUUUGUAUUGAGGUGUCGCACGGCGGGUGUAGUAUUAGAUUCGGCGUCGAAGAAAAAGAAAGAGCAAUGCAAGCUGCGUCUUCAGGCAUCGGAUACGGUCUAAAAUAUCAGGCUAGGUGCAUAUCGGAUGUUAAAGCAGACACAGAUCACACUAGCUUCCUCGCUGGCACUCUCAGCCUCAAAGAAGAAAAUGAGGUACAUCUGAUUCGGCUUUCGUCGAGUGGAACUGAACUCUUCUGCGAGGGAUUGUUCUCUCACCCCAACGAGAUCUGGGACCUUGUCUCUUGUCCCUUUGAUCAACGGAUCUUUUCAACCGUCUACUCUAACGGUGAAACGUAUGGGGCAGCAAUAUGGCAGAUCCCCGAGCUAUAUGGCGAGUUAAAUUCACCUCAGCUAGAGAGAAUUACCUCACUUGACACAGAUUCUGGCAAGAUUAAAUGUAUUCUAUGGUGGCCAUCUGGAAGACAUGAUAAAUUGAUCAACAUCAAUGAGGAAAACCUGUACUUGUGGAAUUUAGACGUUUCAAAGAAAAUUGCACUGGUACAAUCGCAAGAUUCCGCUGGUAUGCUGCACAAGUUAUCUGGAGGGGCAUGGAACCCACAUGAUGUGAGUUCUGUUGCUGCAACUUGUGAAUCGUAUCUCCAAUUUUGGGAUGUCAGAACAAUGAAGAAGACUAUGUCAAUCGAGUGUUCCCAUGUAUGCAGUGUUGAUUACCAUCCCCAAAAGCAGCACAUGCUUGUUACUGCAGAACAUGAGUCUGGGAUACAUAUUUGGGAUCUAAGAAAACCUAAAGUUCCCAUCCAAGAGCUUCCAGGACAUACUCAUUGGACUUGGACUGUCAAGUGUAACCCAGAGUAUGAUGGAAUGAUCUUGAGUGCUGGUACGGAUUCAACUGUCAACUUGUGGCUUGCCUCAAUAAAUCAUGAUGAGUUAACAACUGAAAGGUCAUCUUAUUAUCUUAAGAUGUUACUAUAUUACAUUUAUUUUAGGACUACUUUUUAUUCAUCUAUGCUUACUUUAGCAGACAAGCCAAUUCAUCUGCCCGAUGGGUUGAUCCAUUGCUUAAUACGUACAGUGAUUAUGAAGACAGCAUUUAUGGGCUCACAUGGAGUUCUUGUGAACCAUGGAUCUUUGCAUCAUUAUCCUAUGAUGGCAGGGUUGUUGUUGAAUCAGUGAAGCCUUUCAUCUCCAAAAAAUAAAGUUCAGCACCAAUUACCAUCAUUUGUCAUCUUGUUUUGUAUGUCAGUAAUUUUCUGCCUCUCGGGUCUUCAGAUAAAUAGAUGACUGAAAGACCCAAAUGUUGCAUUGAUAGCUUAGAAAUCAACAUUUUGGCUUUAUUUUUUUUAUUUUUUAUUAUCUUUCAACGUUGAAUUGUUUUAGGCUGGAUUGUGUUUCUAGCUUAUUCUUUGAUUAGACAUCCAUGUAAUUCAUGGAGUCGUUGUAUAUCUAUGGAACUACAAGUUCAUUCAAGUUCUUUCUUUAUCU